GGGUGAAAACGGAACGUCACGUCCGUUCUAGGGAACGGAUGUGCCACUUCAAAAACAAAACGUGUGCGGGUGACAGAUUGUAACAAAACCCGUGAAUAACAUGGAUACUAAACGAAUAUCCGAGAGACGAUACAUUUGUUCGUAUCCCGACUGCGACGCAAGGUACAACAAACAAUGGAAACUCGAUGCCCAUCUCUGCAAACACACGGCAAUCAAACCCUUCGCCUGUGAGCAGAGCGGCUGUGGUAAGGCGUUCCCUAGCCCCUACCACCUCACCCGACACCAGUUGACCCACAGCGGGACGAAGCCUUUUCCAUGCACCGCCGACGGCUGUACAGACACAUUCACCACCAACACCAACAUGUUGCGACACUUUCAGCGCCAACAUGCCACGGAUCAGAAGAAAUACGGCUGCGACGUGGCGGGUUGCGGGCUGGUUUUCAAGAAGAACAAGCAGCUGAAUCUGCACAUGUGCGAGCAGCACACUCAGCUGCCUCCCUACCAGUGCUCCUUCGAGGGCUGUCAAAUGCGCUUCCCCUGCCCAAGUAAACAGAGACGCCAUGAAAAGGUACACAACGGGUAUCCCUGUCCUGAAGAGGCGUGCGUGUUCACGGGGAAGACCUGGACGGAGCUUCUGAAGCACCGAAGGGAGGCGCACCAGCGGGUUUACCCGUGUGACCAGUGCGACAAGGUGUUCAGAAAAUCGUGGAUGCUGCAACAGCACCAGGCUGUGCACGCCGACAUGCGAGCUGUGCUGAAGUGUCCCCGGGCGGGCUGCCAGAGGUCCUUCACCACAGAGUUCAACUUGAUGAGCCACAUCAAGUCCUUCCACGACGAGUUACGGCCCUUCGCCUGCACCCACGAAGGCUGUGGCAAGACGUUCGCCAUGAAGGGCAGUUUGACCCGCCACAGUGUUGCUCACGAUCCAGAGAGGCGCAAGAUCCCGAAGAUCCGGAAGCCCCGACCCUCCAGGUCUCUCGCCUCCCGACUGAGCGGCGUUAAUCCCUUCAAGAGCGCCAGAAAGACUAAGGAACUGAAGGACAACACAGCGUCCGGUCCACGCCAUAUUCAAGGAGAACAGCAACAGUCCCAGGGGCAAAUCAAAUUGUUCCCUCUUCUACAGGACACGACGCUGUUGAACCAUUCUACUACUGCUGUAGGCCUACACGUUGACUCCACACUUCACAACUUUACACACACCACCAUAGAACUGGGACAAUGACGUGGGACUUUAAUGAAUGUUAUUUUUCGAGCACAACUUUUAUGUGACAUGUGACAUGGUUUUUGUUGUCGUGAUUAAGUUCAUAAGUCACGUUCCGUUAUGUGUUAAUUUGCUCUGCAGAUGUCAGUUGAAUGUUGUGUAAAAAAACUAGUGUACAAAUUGGUAAAAUAAGAGGUUGACGAAAAAAUAAAAGUCCCUUAAUGUUUCAACAAUGAUUGAAUACUGUAAACAAAUACCAAAAAAAACAGGUACACAUUUCACAAAACACCUGCCCAAAAACCAUUGACACGUACGUCACCUGGCCAGCAACCUCACUACAGCCUGGUGAACACCCCAUGAGGUUCAAACCAAUUGGUGUCUUAUAUUGAAAGGGGGCAAUCGGCAGAGGUACAAUGUCGUUCAUUCAGGAGCGGUAGUUUGUCACUCCAUGCAGAGCCUCCGUUAUUGUUUGAGAUCAGCAACAUUUCCAUCCUCUCACAUAAGCCCCCCCUACUCCAUCACCAGCUAGAGAGGAGGAGGCCGCUAAGUGGCUCCCGCUGAAGGAUUUAGGAGGAAGGGCAGGUGGAGGCGAUGCUCCCCGGGUCUGACGGGAAGCAGCGGGAUCUUCAGUUAUACUGCCUAGAAAUAAGAACAUCUUUCGACGCAAGCUUGGGAUUCCGAGGUUAAAUCCCCACAGAAGGCUUCCCGGUAACGGCUCCUUACAUUCCUGCCCGGAUCGGGCCAGACAAACCCUAUAAGGACCGGCCGCCCGACCAUCUCAUCCAGGAAUGCGGUACACAACAUCCAAUUAGCAGACACAGAGUUGGGUCGCGUCACUAAUUCCUAGCAUGCCGUUGGAAUCGAUACGAUAUGUAUCGAACCUUGUUCUAGAUUUGAUACCGUAUUUAGCUUUGACCUUGUCUUUCAGGGCGAUAUCUACUACUUAAAGUAGACAUAUUAUGGUGUUUUCCCAACAAGUAAACAUAGUAUUUGAGUUACAGAAAACAUGUUUUUGAAGCUCUUUGCUGGAAAUAGCUAUUAGGAAAAAAAUCGCUAUUCCCCUCUUUUUCAGUCCCUUAAGCGCUGUUUCUGGUGUCUGUAGUUUUAAUGC